GUAUAAAUAGCCUGUAGCUUUCCCUCUCGAGCUACUUUCUCUGUCUAACUUGAGAAAUCUCUCUCUCUCUCUCUCUCUCUCUAGCGAAAAAAAGUUUCCUCUCAAUUUUCUCGGCAGUUUCCUUCACUUUCUCGGUAGUUCUUCGCUACUCCAGUCUCCAGAAUCUCACCGGGGAAGAAUGGAAAACGAAAUCGCGCCGUUCAACUACAGCGGAAGCUCCACCGGCGCCGUCGGAAUCAUGAAACCCCAGGGAGAACCGUCCGGUGUCAGCGUCGUAUCGCCUUCUCUCCUGUGUGACCAGCUCUACCACUCAAGCCGCAACGUCAUGCAGCAGCGCCAAGACAUGGUGAAUCGAGAGGCGUUGUGCUACACGCGCCUCCACGAGGCUUCGCUGGAGGCAGAGGUACUCCGUCUUGAGAACACCGAGCUCCGAUCGAUGAAUCGCCACCUGAAGACAGAGCUUGACAAGCUGAUCCGAUCGUCUAUCCAGAACCGCUUCAACUACGAGAGGGUUCCGCUACGGAUGCUUAGCAACCUCUCGAUCGGAGGAGGGAAUCACGACGCCGACGAAGCCGAGAAUCAGAACCGUGCGGCGAAUCGAGAUGACGUCAGCGAUCAGAGUCCCACGAGCGUGAUUGAGAAUGAGGAUCUGAACCGUUCUUCGCUGCCAAAGAGCAUCUCCGUGAGAUCGAGCGGUUACUCGAAGGCGAGCCAAGGAGGUGGUGUGGCCGCACAAUCUGGAAAACCUCGAGGAACUACGCCUAAGCCUGGGACUUGCGGUCAACAACUCAGUACGACGCAAAAGGUGUAUGUGCGAGGAGGAGGGAAGAAAGAAGAGGAGGAGGAAAUAGAAGUGGAGGUGUACAACCAAGGGAUGACAAAGACAGAGCUUUGCAACAAAUGGCAAGAGACAGGGACAUGCCCAUACGGUGACCAUUGCCAAUUCGCUCACGGCAUUAAAGAACUCCGCCCAGUGAUCCGCCAUCCUCGUUACAAGACUGAGGUUUGCAGAAUGGUUCUUGCCGGCGAUAUCUGCCCUUACGGCCACCGUUGCCACUUCCGCCACUCACUCUCCGAGCAAGAGAAGCUCGUGGCUACUGGUUUUAAACCCAGGUCGUCCCUCAAGGUUCUUAAAUGACCAAAAGGUAAAUACAAAAGAAGAAAGGUUUGAAUCAUAUACCUAUAAUUGAACAGUACUAUACUACCCUACAGAGAUAUUGAUAGCAUUUGGUAAAAAGUGAAUAAUGUGCAUUCGUAAAUGCGUACUAGAAACUCUUUUUGAGACAAAAUGGUUGUUUGACAAUUUUUUCUCGUUUAUUCCGAGACUUUGAAACUCGAGGAACAUUUGCUGGUUAUUCAGAUGAUCAGUGUUUUGUUAAUACACAGAAGAUUUAAGCCUUUUUGAUAUGUAAUGUAAUAUUGAAAUAGUUUCACC